CACGAGGAGCGACGCGUUUCUCCAACGACGACCAAGUGUAGGGCUCUGACGUCACACGCCAAAUGUUGAAGCGUGUUCCACAGGAGGCGAACUUGGCUAGGCACUUUUUUUUUUAUUUCUCUACACGUCGGUGUUCGUAUGGUACAACUUCUAGCCUAGGCCAUAGUGUUAUUCUGUGUUCUCCGUUUGAAGUCCAAGCGGUUUUGCGAGACAUGGAGUUUUAACUUAUGGAAACCAUGUAGUUUUGUCGGAGACAUGGUACGGGAAACUAGAUACUUGAUUGUGCGAAAUUUGCCAGAAAAUUGCACAGAAGAGACUGUUAUUGAACAUUUUCAGCGGUACGGAAGGAUCCAAAGUGUCAAGCUUCAGGCAGCCAAGGAUAAUGAAUCUGGCAGCACAGCAACUGUGGCCUUUAAUGACAUUAAAUCAGCUGCAAAGGCUCAUAAUGCUAAAAAUAUUUUGGGGGAGUUGACCUUAAGGACAGACUACUGGGAGGCAUCUACUAGCACCCCUGUAAUCGCCACACCCCCAGCAACAAGUACAAAUGCAAAUCGCAGUGCAAACUACACCAGCGCUACAGCUGCAUCAACAAGACCUGUGUCCACUUUUACUAAUUGGACUAAGGGCUCUGAAGAUGACAGUUCAGCUAUUCCAGACAAAGGAGAUGCUACUCCAGUACAAACAACAGGAGUAACAAUCCCUGCCACAACUUCUGCUACUUUAGACAAACUGUCCAGUGCAGCUCCAUUUGACCUACAGAGAAGCAGAGGACGAGAUAGAUUAAAAAAAGGGCAAAAGAAAUUUGGACAAAAAAAAUUUGAAAAGAAUGGCUCCUUUGGACGCCACGGUACUACAACUUCAAGUAGAAGUUUGGAAGCUGCCAGAUCACAGUCAGAAGCUGCAGCAGCUGCUGCUGCAGCUUCAACAAAUUCUACAACACCCUCGAUUGCUUCUAGUGCCGGAUUAAACAGCACUAGUGGCAGCACUGCUGGACUAAACCCAAUUAUUGUCAGUGAUACAAAAGACAUCAGCAGUAACAGGGAGAUUAAAGAAAAUAUUAGAGACUCAGCACUAUCCAGACCACAUUCAGUUGCUUCUCCCAGCAGUCGGCACAGUGGACUUAAGAAAUCACUGUCUCAGUCAAGGUCAGCUAGUCCUAGUCGGUCGCGCUCAAGAGGAUCCAAGUCAAGCAGCAGUAGGAGUGAUUCAUCAGGCACUAGCAGAUCUACCUCACCACACAGAAGCAGUUACACAAGUUCAACUGCGAGGCCACAAUCAAUGGUGGGAGCAUCAAGACUUGUUAGCAGUGAAGUUAAAGAAGCUAAAAAAGAUGAAAAUGAUGGAGAGAGACGGCCACUAGGGAUAUGUGUAACUGGACUUCCUAUGAGAUCUACAGAUUCCAGCCUAAGAGAUGGUUUAUAUCAUGAAUAUAAAAAGCAUGGAAAGGUAACCACAGUCCAAAUAUGUGUUGAUGGAGACAGCAGAUGUGCUAUUGUCAGUUUUAGAAAACCUGAAGAUGCCAGUAAAGCUCUUGAAGCCUCACAAGGAAAAAUCUUCUUUGGAGCUAAGAUUAAAGUAACAUCACAUGAAGGUGUUGAAGUAGAUGAUGCUGAUGUCACAAAUGACAAUGAUAGUUUAGAUGAAUAUCAUGUCAAAUCUACACGCACACUUUUUGUUGGCAACCUAGAGAAAGAAACCACAACUCAAGAUCUCAUUGAAAAAUUCAAAGCAUUUGGAGAAAUUAUUGAUGUUGACAUCAAAAGACAAGGAGCAACAACUGCAUUUGCAUUUGUCCAGUAUGUUGAUAUAACUAGUGUUGUAGGAGCAUUGAGGGCCAUGGAAGGAGAGCACAUUGGCAUUAACAAAAUAAAGCUUGGCUUUGGAAAAAGCAUGCCAACAUGCUGUGUGUGGGUAGAUAACCUCCCUGCUGAUAUAACAAACCGCACUUUGAGAAGUUCAAUGACAAGAUAUGGAGAAAUUACCUACUGCCUGGUGGAUAAGAAUCGCAACAAAGGUCUUAUUUACUUCAAUUCUUAUGAUGAUGCCCAACACUGUGUCACAGACAUCAAAAUGCGCCCACAUUUUAUGAAGAAAAAACUUCAGAUUGACUUUGCCAGCAGAGAAUGUCAAACAAAUUUUUUGGAUCGAAUGGAAGAAUCUGGUUUGCUUAGAGCUAAUGAAAGACCAGAUGAGAGCAGAGUCCAUAAUAAAUUCAGACAACAGCGGAGUUUUGAUGGGUUUACAGAAGAAGCUAGUCCUUCAUCAUUUUCAUGUAACUCCAGAACUACUGCCAGUUUCUCUGCCCGUAGUAAUGGCCGCAGCAGUAGACGAGGAAGACCAUUUGUUGAAUCAGGGUUCACAGAUGAAGCACAUACUACACCAAGGCGAUCUCGAAGGCCAGAUGAAUUCAGCAAUCCUUCAAGUUCCUACUAUUCCAGCAAAGGCAGUGGAGAGGAUUAUGAUGCAGUACUUCGAGAAUACGGUCACAGCCAGCGUGAACGCAGAGAAAGAGAUCUCAGUCCUCGUCAUUCAUCAGCUGAUCGACGUGUUGACGGCCAGUCCCGUAGAAGCUCACGGGAUCGUUCAUUAGACAGAUACGAAGAAAGAUCCAAAGACAUUUUCAACAAUCGAGAUGCCAGUCCAAGCAGUGACCACAACUCCUAUCAUUCUGAUACCCGUUAUAGAUCAUCACGAGAUGAUAAAUAUUCCACUCGGGAUAGAUAUGAAGAUAGAAAAUCUGAAGACAAGGACUUCGAUCGCCAGAGUAGACCUAGUCGGGCAGCCUCCCCGUUUUUACAGAACCAUACCAGCUUACAUUCACAUUCACCAGAUUACAACAGACGAGGUGGUUCUCGCUCCCAGUCUCCUCCCACUCCACUUCAAGAAGAAUCUGCUCCAAGAUAUUUUUCUGAUGACUACAAACGGUCUGUGGUCCCAGAUGAGGAUUAUGAUUACUUACCUUCUAAACGAAGAGAUUCUGAUGAUGUUAUUAAAACUAAAAACUGGUCACUUUUGCCUUCUACAAAGCUUGGUGCAGAAGUGGCAAAAACUGUUGAAAAGUCCAGAAAACGAACUCAUGAAGAGUCUGGUCUUUCAGAAGCAUCUAAGCUAGAUGCUAAGCUGCUAAGGAAGCUAGAAAAAUCCUCCACAACCUCUGAUGAGAAAUUGAAAAGCUUGAACAGAAGUUUAGGAGGGUCAAAGAGCAGAGUUGUAAAAGGGUUAGAUCAUGCUGGCAGUCCAGGCUCAUCUGGUAGUCAUGGUGACUCAGAAAAUGGGUCUGUGAGUGAAGGUGACUUGCACCACUUGCAUCAGGAGAAGAAGCAGCUUCUGCUUGCACUUCAAGGACUGGAUGAAGAAGUAGUUGACACCAGUGAACCUGAAUCUCUACGUUCUAUAGCUAAAAUCAGAUCGUCUGUGGCCGUAAAAAAUGCUUUGAGGGUUUCUGGAAGAAUUCAUGAGGACAAGAAAAGUGAGGACACUUUGAAAAAUGAAGCCCAUCGUAAACUUGGGGAUAAACCGAGGCGUUUGGAUAUUAAACGAGAGAAUAGAAAUAAUAUAAAUGAUGAUUUCAGUUGUACUCGUGAAGAGAAAGGGCUUUUGGGGGAUAAGGAAGAAUCUGCUGGUGGCCAUAGUGAUUCUGAUCUUGACAUAGACUUGAGGAAUAAGAAGAGAAGGACUGAUACACGAAGAGAUAGUGACUCAUUAAAGAACAAGGGUUUCCAUAGGCAUGAAAGUGUUGAGAGUGAAGAUGAUGAGCAGAACACUAGGUUAUACAACCCUCCACUGGAUAGAAGAGCCUCUUGUGAUAACAGAACCAAUUCUCUGAGCUCUAAAUUUUAUGAGAACAAACUGCUAGGUGUAUCCUCCCCUUGUGAUAAUGGUGAUCCCUUCAAAGGUGGAUUAAGUGAUAAAGAUAAUUCUGUGAUAAAGAAUCGCUACCGUAACUUUCCUAACAAAGAUUGGAACUCAGAAUCUCCUGAGCACGAUGCAGGACCAUUGGGGGAUUUCAGUCCAGUGUAUAGUGAAAACACCAGAGAUUCAGUCAAUUCUGGAAGUUUAACGGAAAAAAGAUCUCCCCCUACGUGGCAGCAUUCACUGCCAUCUUCACCAAUGGAUAAUGUUGAUUCAGACAAUGACUAUUCAAACAUUGUUCCAGACAUUGUUCCUGAUGAUUCAUUCUCGGAUGACAGUCUUGGCGAUCCACAUAUAGCUGCUGGAGAGGCUUCCAUGGAGGAGCGCAUUCGUGCACUUGAUGAAAUGAUUAGCAGACAACCAAAUAAUAAAAUUGCAGAUCCCUCACUUUUUUUCCCAUACACAUCCACACGGAACACUAACAAUAAUGAAAACACUGCAGAUUAUCCUAAAAAGUACAGAACUCGUAAACGUUUUGAUUUGGAGGGUGGGAACGGGAGUGUGCGGACAGACAGUAAGCCUGAACCAUCUGUGAUCAUGCACAAAGUGUUGUCCAAAACUAGUAUUCUUGAUCAGGAUUUUAAAAGGCUGGAGCAGAUAAAAGAAAUCUAUGAACCUAGUAGGGGGAAAGAAGUUAUUUUGGAUAUACCAUCUAGUAAACUGUUAGAACCAGGUGUCAAACCAUAUUUAUUUUCUUUGUCACAUCCAGUGACCACAUCAUCAUCCAUGCUUCAGCCAACCAUCACAACAUCCUUGGCUAGCUCAGCUUCAUUAACUGCUCCAAUCAGCACAAGUGUUCUCACAACAUCCAUCGUGAGUGCACCUAUCACAACCAGCUCAAUUUCUGUUUCACCCAAAGAUGCAGCAGUGGAUAAUUUACUCAAGGCUGCAUCGGAAUCCACUGAAAUAUUGUCGAAUAAACAUUCUACUUGCACAAAUUUAUUGACGUUAAAGCAGGAUGUAUUGCAUUCAUUUUCAUCAGCUAAACCUGUGUUGACAUCUCACAAUAACAAUUCUCUAUCAUCCAAAUCAAUUUUUUCCACAACAUCUGUGUGUUCAUCAGCUCCAGUGUCAGACACUAAUUUAUUACCUUCCCAGACAAUCACCAAAUCCUCGUCACAUUCUCUCCUCCCGUUAUCCCAACAGCCUGUUUCAUCCUCUGUAUCAUGUUCCUCAACCAACUCUCACCCCAAAUCAAAUUUGCAGCAAAAUGUAACAUUGCCAGUCACAUGCCCGUCAUCCACAAAAUCACCUGCUGGGGCCCCUGUGGCGGCUCCAUUCACUCAGGGACCAGAUAAAUCACAGCUUACACCAACUGUUGGCCAAGAAGCGCCCCGUCUCUGCUCACCUUCCUUUACUCCAGAAAACUCUAGGACAAGCUCCCACCUGCCAGGGAGUCCAAGAGUUAAUGUUGAAAGCAAAGAAACCAAUGACCAACUUGUACCUAACAACAAACCUGACUUGACCAUUAGUGUCUCGGGUAGCACCAACUUUACUGACGAAUCGUCCAAAAGCCAGACAUGUUCCAAAAGUGAUAUCACACCCGAUAUUGAGUCUCCAGUUUCUGUGAAAUCAGAAACCUCAAGUAACUCUUCAGUUCCACUGUCUUCCCUUGAUAAUAAAAACAGUUCAGCUUUAGAAGAGAAAAGUCUUUUGAUCAGUCUUACUGCCAAUAAUCAGUCAUCUAACAAUGAACUGCUGGCACAGAAAUCUCUUGUUGCUCUAACUCUAGAAAACAUGAGCUCAGGAAUUAAUAAGCUCAGCCCAGUUACCACAAUGGAUACUGAAGGCGCCAUGGACUUAGGUACAGAAACUUCCAGUCUGAUAAAAGGUAGUGGAAGAAAUGAUGCUGCUGAUUUCUUGUCUUCUAGGAAACCUGAACUACCAGCUCAUGUCACAACACACACUGUUCUCAGUGUCAACAGCAAAGAAGGUUCUGAUAAAAAGGAAAUCCUGAACCCCCUUGAUAUCUCCAGCAGUGUGAGAAAAGGUGUUUCAUCCUCCAUGCCAGAGCUGGACACUCCCCUGCUCAAACCAUCACUACCUACCAAUGUUACUGCUGCCUCAUCCUCAUCCACAUCAAGGUCAACCUCAGAUAGAAAUGACAAGAAACCUGGGAAAUCCAAUUCCCACAUCCACUCUAAAAGUCCAGCUAAAGCAGAAGCUCUCUUUGCCCCUGAUAUGAAGGUGGAACAGCCAGCAAAGCCCAGUGAGAAAACAGAUGGCAAGCUGAGCAAAGAUUCUCACAAGACAUCUAAUGUAAGUAAGUCAUCUAGUAGUAGUAAUGACAGGAAGGUUGCUUCAAAAACUUCAUCCAAAGACAGCCAUGAAACCAAAGAUUCUGGAACUAAAGAGCAAGACAAAGCUGAAAAGAAGUCAGAAACUGUUUCUAAAGGCUCUACACAUGAAUCUAAAAGUAAAGAAAGUGAUAAAAAUAAGGUAAAGGACAAGAAAGAUAAUAAAGAGGGAGAAAAAGUAAAGCAAAAAGAAAAAGAUGAUAGUAAGAAAAAAGAAGAAAAGAAAGUAUCAGACAAAAAGGAAGAAAAGAAAUCUUUCUCUAUUAAAGAAGAUAAAAAGUCAGACUCAAAGAUGGAUGAGAAAAAGGAUAAAAGUAAUGAGAAAGACAAGUCUAGGGAAAGUAGUAAGCAAAAUAUUUUGAAAAAAGUGAAACAAGAAGUUGAUCCAACUAAAAAGGACAAGAAACAAAAACCUAAGGAGUCUUCAGGGAAAGAGAAGGUGUCAGAGAAGAAAGCUGUUCCCAAUUUAGCUAAACAAUCCAAUCCACCCAGAGAGAAAGUUGAAACUAAAGAUUCAAAGUUGACCAAAAGUGAUUCCAAGGAGUCAACAUCCAAAGAUUCAACCAAGUCUGAACAGCUGUCUAAAACUGAUCAAAAAGCCCCAUCAAAGCCAGACAAACACAAAACUGGUGAGGCAAAGUCACUGUCUAGGACCUCCUCUGAAACAAAGCCAGACACUAAAGACAGUUCAUCUGCUAGUCUGAGUAAAAAACCUACUUCUGAUGCUGGCAAAAUUAAAAAAGAGGGUGAAAAGGAUUCAACAAAGCAGUCCUCAAUCAAGCAAGAUAAAUCACUCAAGCAUAAAUCAAAAGAAGAGGACAGACAAAAAGAAAAACAGAAAAUUCGAGAAGAAAAAGAAAAACAAAGAGAGGAUAAACUAAAGGAAGAAAAGGAAAAACAAAAAGAAGAAAUGGAAAAACGAAAAGAAGAAAAGGAAAAACAAAAAGAAGAAAAAGAAAAAUUAAAGGAAGAAAAGGAAAAAUUGAGGGAGGAAAGAGAAAAACAAAGAGAAGAAAAGGAGAAAGAAGAAAGGGAACAAAAAGAAAGAGAAGAAAAAGAAAGGCAAAAGGAAAGAGAAGAAAAAGAAAGAAAAGAAAGGGAAGAACAGGAAAGGAAAGAACAGGAAAGGAAAGAAAGAGAAGAGAAAGAGCGAUUAAGGAAAGAAAAAGAAGAAAAGGAGCGUCAGAAAGAGAGGGAAAGGGAAGAAAGGGAAAGAAAAGAAGAAAAAUUAAGGAAGGAGAGAGAAGAAAAAGAACUACAGAAGCAAAAAGAAAGGGAUGCACAAAAAGAGAAAGAAAAAUUAGAAAAAGAAAGAAAAGAGAAAGAAGAGAAGGAAAGACUUAAAGAAAAGGAAGAGAAAGAAAAACAAAAGGAAGACCUUGAAAAAGCAGAAAAAGACAAACAAAAAGAAAGAGAGAGAAAGGAGAAAGAACGGAAAGAAAAAGAGAAAAGGGAAAAGAGAGAGAAAGAAAAGAAAGCUAAAGAAGAAAAACUGAAGAAAGAAAAAGAAGAAAAGGCAAAAAAGGAAAAAGAGGAAAAGUCUAAACGUGAAGAAAAGGAAAAGGCAAAGAAAGAAAAGGCUGAGAAAAAAGAGAAAGAAAAACAGAAAAAUGAUAAGGAUGAAGACGAUGAUGAUGAUGAAAAGGAUAAGGAAAGAAAAAAGCCACCUCCAAAAAAGCCCAAACGAAAUGAACUUGCAGUUUUACUUGAUAGCAAUGACAGAUUUCAAAUGACAUUUACUUCAAUGUAUGAUCGUGUCAAAACUCAAAGGAAUAGAGAACCUGAAAUGCAGCACAAAUCUGAGCCUGCACCUAAAUCUUCCUUUGAUAAAUUCAAACAAAACCGCAAGAAGAAUGGAAGUAAAGCAAAGUCCUCAUUGUAUUCUUUUGGAAGUACUUCAGAAUUAAGUGAUGACAGUGACCUCUCUCUGUCAGAGUCUAGUCAGAAAGCUGAUUCUGUUAAAGAUUCAAAACCCAAAAAAACAAAUCAGAUAAAGAAAAGACCGCAUGUUUCCUCUUCAUCAUCAUCAUCAUCUUGUGAGGAAGACGAUGUCGCCCUUCUCACUGCUUCAAAACUCAAAAGCAAGAAGCUCAGUGAUAUUUUCUCUUCUGAUUCUGAAGAGGACAAUUUCCAACCACCCUCCAAAUCUAAAACCUCCAAGUCUAAGACAAAGCCUGCUCCAAAACGCAGGAAAACCAGAGAUGAUUCUACCGAUUCUAUGGCUUCUAGGGAUGAGUUUGUCAAGCCGCAUGCUAUCAGUGGAACUCAUGAUCUUGACAGCUUGGAUGAUAUUGAUAUGUCAGAUGAAGAAGACAUUCCUAAAAAAUCCAAGAAAAAAUCCACAAAGUUAGUAAAAAAGGCAGAACAUGAAAAAAGAGACUCAUCUGUUGAGUCUGUGUCUAAAAAACCUGUCAAAAAGGAACGCGAGUCCUCUGUGGAAUCUGUUUCUAAAAAGUCAGUCAAAUCUGAAAAGGAAAGUACUCCAAUAAAAAAGUUGAAGCCAGAUUCCAAGAAAACCACUAAGCAUGAAGGAAGCACAGAGGCCAAAUCAGCUGUUAAAGAUACUGUAAAAGCUGGUGCUGAAGAUAAAAAGAAAGGAAAGAUUUCUAUUGAUAAAGAGAAAAAAAAAGAUUUGGUGAACAAGAAAGAAACUAGUAAGAAAGAUACCGAUAACAAGAAAAUAGUAGAAAGUCGAAAAGAAAUAGAUAAUAAAAAAGAGCAUGAAAGUACCAAAAAAGAUAGUGACAACAAGAAAGAAGUUGACAAAAAGGAUGCUGAAAUUAAAAAGGAAACAGACAGGAAAGAAAUUGAGAGUAAAAAGGAUUCAAGCAAAAAAGAAUUGGAUGUAAAAAAGGAAUCAGAAUUUAAAAGAGAGCCAGAGAGUAAAAAAGAUUCAGAUAGAAAGGACCUGGAAGCAGACAAAGUGAAAUCCAAAGAGAAAGUAAUAGAUGAUGUGGCCAAAAAACAUGCAGAGGAAAGAAAGAAGAAAAAAGACAAAGAUGAUGGUCCUGUGAAGAAAAAGAAGAAAAAGAAGUAUGAUCCCAAAGAGGAAGAAGAAAAAGUAAAUUCUUUAAUAACCAAAGUCUACGAUAAAGCACUAGAAAAAGAAAAGAAACAGAAAAAACAAAAGAUCAACUUGCUGGACAGUGACAGUGAUCUAGGCCUCUCUGAUGUUGGUUUAACUGUGGCUGAUGAAGUCAUGCCAUUGAAAGAUAAACUUGAGCUUGAAAUUCAUAAACCAAAAGAAAAGAAAAAAGAAAGCAGCAAAGAAAAGGACAUUACCCAUAAAGAAAUUGUUGUAGAAAAGGACAGUUCCAAAGAUUCCAAACAUUCAACCAAAGAAUCCAAAGUACCUAGUGACACAUUGAAGAAAGCUGAAUUUAAGAGGAAAGAGGAAAAAGAAAUGCUUCAUGAAAUACUCCCUGAAAAGGCUAUAGACUCCCAUAAGAGGGAUAAGGUAGAAAAGAAAGACAAGACAGAGCUAAUCACUGAAAUAAAACCUGUGUCUGAAAUAAAAGCAGAGAAUAUCCUAGACGAAGUUCACAGUAAACCUCCAAAGAAAAAGAAGAAAAAGAAAGAACAUGAGAAAGACUCUGAAAGGGAAAAAGAGAAGUCUAGUAAAUCUUCAAAGAAGGAACACAAAGCAGAUUCUGAGAAAAAAGGUGUUGAUGGUGAGAAAAAAUCUAGCUCUUCUUGUGAGGAAAACAGCAUUGGCUCCUCCCAAGUAGUUGAUGAGUUUGUGAGCUUUUGGGGUCACCCUAAACCCAUUUUAAUUCCUAAAAGAUUGAAGGAUACCACAAAAACGGAUGAUGAAAAAUCAAAGGGUAAAGACAGUGAAGCUAAAGCUGAUGGUGACAAGCCAGAAACUAAAGUCAAAGAGAUCUCAGAUGUGAAAGAGGAAAAGAUGAGUACUGAAACAAAAGAAGAACUGUCUACUGCUGAUAAGCUGCCCAAGCUGGAACCAGAGAUGAGUGAUGAAGUUGUUGUCCCAAUAUCUGAAGCAGAAACCACAGUAGUGACUGAGCAUGUACAAAACUCCUUUAGUGAUUCCUUUGCUCAGCUUGUAGGUUCUGGACAUUCUGAUGAACACCCACCUGCUUCAAAUGAUGGUAUUUCUGACCUUCCUGAUGAGACCACCAUUGGUUCUUCUGUUGAAAUCCAUGAUGAUGAUGAUUACCCUUUAUUAGUCAUUGAUGAGGUCUCUGAAACUGUAUCAGAUGAGAAGAAAAAGAUGACAAAAAAGGAGAAAAGGCUGCUCAAACAGCAGCAAGAUAAAAAGCUACUCAAGCAACAGCUAGAAAAGGAGAGAAGCAAUCGCAUGGAUGAAGUUAUUGCUUUUGUUGCCAAUGCUGGAACCAGUGAUGAUGAAGAGGUAACAUCAUGCAACCCUGUCCUCGUGAUAGACUCUGUAAGCAAUGACCAAGAACUUGACCUUUCAGAUGUCAUCAACCAGGAGCUCAAGUAUGACAACAAACUGUCCAAUGAUUCUGAAAAACAGUUGGUUAUUUCAGACAUUGUGUUUACUGACAAGGAGAAGAAAAAAGCAAACAGUGAAUCAGUCUCUGCUUUUAGUUGCAUAAGCAAAGAGAAGAGGGAUAUAAAACCAUUGUUUAGUCCAUCACCAAAAACAGAAUCUGAUGAAAUCAAAUCCAGUCACAUCAGUGCCAUCCUUGAUGACUCUAAGAAAGAUGAUGACCCAUUCAAGGCUAUUGCUGGAAUCUUGGAUGUCUCAGAGCACCAUUCACCUGAGCCACCAAAACUCACUGAAGAGGAGUUAAAAAGAAAAGAAGAGGAGGAAAGAAAAAUUGCUGAAGAGGAAAAAAGGAAAGCUGAAGAAGAAAGAAAAAUUGCUGAGGAAGAAAAACGUAAAGCAGAAGAGGAAAGAAAGAGAAAAGAGGAGGAAGAAAAAGCCAGACAAGAGAAGGAAGCAUCAGAUGAGGCAGCCAGAGCAGUGGAGUCACUGUUAGUGUUUCAGAGUGUGUAUGAAGCACCCAUUGAUUUAGAUGAUGAUAUUCCUGCAAUAUCCCCUCCAGAAAGAGAAACCCCAUCAGAAUCAAAUUUAUUACCUCCAACAGAAACUAUUGUAUUAUCACCAACAAAAGAGAAAUCAGAAGCUGUCUCCAUGUUUUCAGACACAAUUCCAGAAAAGCUUACAGCAAAUCUAGAUGACAAGCUGCUAGAAAAUAAAUCCCUUGAAAAGGGGGAACAGGGAGAAAACAAGCUUGAUGCCUUUAGUUUUUUCACCACGCCACACCAGGCACCUGGGUUUACAUCUCCCAGGAGAAACUCAGUUGGCAUCUCAAAAGAUAAAACCCCUGAACCCAUAACUUUGCCAUCUCCACAAAGACAAAUUGCACAAUCGCCACAGAUACCAUCCCCUCAAAGACAGAUGCAGUCGCCACAAAGGCAAAUGCAAUCUCCACAAAGGCAGAUGCAGUCACCGCAACACAUUCAGUCACCUCAGAGGCACUUGCAGUCACCCCAACAUCCAGUGCAAUCCCCACUCAGACCCAUGCAGUCGCCACAAAUUGGACUACCAUCACCACUUCAGUCACCACAGCGAUCACCAUUUUUUAACAAAGAUUCCAAAAUGGAUAGAAGUCUGAUGUCUCCAAAUAGAGAUGGGUUGUUUGUUGCCCAGGAUAUAGAGAGCCCAGCACAGCAACCCCAUAGGAGACCAUCUGGAGGUAUACCUGUCCUUCAAGAGCAGACACAUGAUACAUUAUCUUCCUCUCGCAGAAAAUCCCAAGAAUUUCCCCAAGAACAUAACUUUCAUUCGCCACGUAGAAAUACUAUAACGACUUUAGAAGAGCCAGCCCAUUUAGAACAUAGGUUUGCAUCCCACCAGGGACCAAGUGUUAUAUACUCUAAAGAACGCCCAUUGCCACAGUCUUCAUUGCCUCCUCCUGUUUCGAUUUCUCUUGACAAUGCCCCACAUGAUAAAAACUUCCAGACUCCAGUGCGCAGUUUAACUAUACCAUCGCAUCAGGAAAAUAUGCUGUUAUCACCAAAGAAAAUUUCACCUGGAGCUCCAUUUAAAGAUCUUGCAUCUGAUGCAGUUUUAUUUCAACCAUCAAUUAACAAAGGCCCACUUCAGGAUCAGUUAUUUCCAUCUCCAAAAGUUUUGCAUGAUCAAGUUUAUGGCCACCAGAAACCUCCAAUUCAGGACCAACUGUUCCUUGUGGGGAAAGGACCUGUGCAUGAUAUUUUCAAGUCUGGAUCAGCUGAACAGCAACCUUUCUUUGGAAAAGGGCUUGGUCCAGAGAAACCAUCAAUUGCUGCAGCUAACCAACUUUUUGCCUUUCCAAAAGGUAUACAACAAGAGCCAAUGUUCCCUCAGUCUAAAGCUGUGUCACUUGCACAUGAUAGAAUUGAAAGAGAGCCUAUGUUUUCACCCAAAGGACCCUUGGAAAGUUCUUACUACCCUCCAGAACAAAACAUUGACUUUUUGUUAAAUUCUCCCCCUAGAAAUCCUGACUACUUAAAUUACAAUCACAAUUCUGAAAUGCCCAAAUCUGGCAUAACCAAACCAGUGGAAUCUCAUGAGGCUUAUAACAAAGAUCCGUUAUUUAUUGCUGUGGAGAAUUCCAGAUCUGCUGAUAGAGAUAUACCACAGCCCAGAAGAGUUGAAGGAUUCCCAGCUUCAUUUUAUCAGGAACCAGUACCUGUAGCACAAUCUAAAGUAUUUCCUCCUGACAGCUUACAGCAAAGUGAAGAAGACAAGAAGGGCACCAGGAAGAGAAAGAGGAAUAACAAAAAGGCAACAAAAGAAGACAGAGCUGCUGUCUUGGCUGAACAGGCUAUUGAGGAAAGUGUCCAGGCUAAUGUUGAAACCAUCCACAAAAUCCUCAAUGCUAAAAAAUCUGUGGAUGCUUAUGACUUUGAAGCUCAUGCAGGGCAAGAACAGCUAGGAAGGCCCAAUGUUUCAGUGGCAGAAACUCACCCAUUUGGAGAAGAAAUUAGGCAGGUGAAAACUCGUGGAGAUAAAGGAAGAGGUAGAGGAAAUGGUAGCAGAAGAGGAAGAAGAGGGAGAGGUGCUUUAUCAUCAGUUCAUGAAACCCAUGAUUCUGUACAAAGGCAUGAUACAUAUUCACAUCAACAGAAUUCCUCCCUGCCUCCCUCUGCACACUUCCCAAUACAAAGCCCUGAACAAUCCCAGCCAAAGCAUCCUUAUCUUCCAUAUCCUUUUUCAUCACCACAGCAACAUUCACCAUUUAAUCGGCAAAAUUCUCAACCAAAUAUUAACCAUCAGGUGACACCCUAUUUCUCACCAUCUCAACCUUCAUCAGUUUCUGACAAUAGUGGAUCUAAUUUGUCUGUGGGUGAUUGGCAUCACAAGUCAAUUCCUCAUCAUCCUGAAUCACAGCCACACCAGCAGUUAUUCCCACAAUCACUUCAGCAACCCCCAAUACAACAAAUUAAGCCACCGCCAAAGAGUGAUGUAUCUAGUCCAGAGCCCAGCAAACUAGAUUUGGAUUCUUCAUUUGGCGAGUCGGACUUGGUAAUCAACCUGGAUGACCAGCCAUCCAGCAUUGAAGGAAAAGAAAACCAAUACAGUUUAAGUGAUGGUGAGGUUCCCUCCCCAGCCACCCCCAAGAACCAAAGGUCAACCAGAGCAAGGAAGCAACCUAACUACAAAGCUAUAGCAUCUGGAAAUGUACCUGCCCAGCCCCAGCCACGCACAGCUAGAUCUGGCGGCUCACCUAGAGGCAGGGGUUCAGGAGCACAGUCACCAAAAAAUAGUAUGUCACCUAGGACGCGCAGCUCUGAAAAUGUUUCUGCUUCUCCUGUUGUCAAGUUAGAGAAACUAGAAGUAACUCGCACUACCAGGAGUAAAAAAGAAUCUGCUGGUAACAGAAGCAUCAAAGAUGACACCAAUGAAGAGGUUGGCCCAAACACUAGUUUUGAGGAAUGGAAAGCUAAAAAAGGAGAUGAAAGCAAAGCAGUAUCUAAAGAAAAUAUUUAUGAAUUUGUGGACAAUGAACAAGAUCGUGUUGAACCCAGUUUGAGAACAACACGAGGCAGAAAGAAACGUGGAUCUGAUGCCCAGGAAGCUCAGUCUCAGUAUGUGGAUUACACUCUGAAUUCUCCCACAUCUUCCUCAAACUCAAGUGCUUUGCCAGAGUCUAAACCAGGAAAUGAUCAGCCAAUGUUUGAACCCAGAUUGGAGGAGGGUAACAAAACUACUCCUCUUAGUCAUGUUGAUGCUGUCAUUGAUGCUGUGUCUAAAGGCAAAUUUGGGUCAGGUGAUGAAGACACAACCCUUGACAUUCCAGUCUCAGUCCCUUCAGAUCCAGUAUCCACUCCAUCACCCAUCUCUGCUCCACCACCUACGCGCUCAAGCCGCCGUUCUACAGAAGCUAAGAGAGAGGCAGAACAGAAAGAAAAGACAACCUUUACUAUUGCUGAACCACCUCGGUUUGAGGCUAGAGAACUUGGCAAGAAAGGGCCUACUGUUCCACCUUUAAGAAUUAAAGUGGCUCACAGUACACAAAAAGUUGAGAAGAAUGAGGAAAAGCAUUAUGUCAUCGAGCGUGCUAACAAAAAUAUCAUUCCUACUUCAGAGAAUAGUGAAAAACCUCCUUUGGCUUUUACUGUGAAGCUCUCAGAUACAGGAACAGCUACCAUUAAGCCUGCGGGCCCAGGCAAUGGGCUGUCAUCAGUGCAAAAUGCUGCACCCAUUGGAAAGAACCAGUUGGAUAAAAAUCAUUUAGGCUUAUUUUCUGGAUUACCACAAAAUGAUAAUCUUCAACCCAACAGUGAUAAUGACUUUGGAAAAUCCAUAAAUACUCAAGUGUCCUGGAAACCAGGGGAAUUAACUCCAGUUGAUGGUGUUAUAACAAGACCUUCUGGAGCACUGCACCCCAAAGUUGCUGCUAAAGUUCAAGCCUCACAGGAAUCUCAAAAUACUGUUCCACCAGUGCCAGCUUUAGUACAGACAACUUUGCCACAGCAGUCAACUUUGCCAUCAGCUAAUACAGCCAUGCCAGUCUUCUCAAAAUCUUCACCCAGUCCUAUUCUUAGUGGAAAUACUUGGACACUGAACAUGUCAGGUGGUACCCCAGGACAGCCUGUCAACAGUUCUCUGAUGCCCAUGCAUAGCACCUCACCUUUAGCAAAAGAUGGGGGUCUCAUGCUGCAGCGUCCUCCUAGUGCUCAUGAUAUUGCUAAACGACCUCCUAGUGCUCAUAUUCAAGCUGCUGUUCGGAAUGAAAGGCAAGGUAAAGGCAAGCAUGGAUCUUUGGAGAUGAAUCAAGAAAUGGCACAGAAGAUUCAGUCUGACACAGACAAACUUCCAGAGGGCCCAUAUGGUUUCCCAUCACAUGUGCCACCUGCGCAUAUGGCACAGAGGUUCUUGAUGUCCCAGGAGCAAAAUUUACCAUCAGCUCAUCAUCCAAUGCACUUUUCAACCAGUGCUGCCUUUAAGGCCAACUUGGAAACUCGCAACUCCAAGUCUCCAUCUAUCCAGUCACAAUCUGCUGUGAAACACGUGGCAGAUUUAGGAAUCCGCACACCACCAGUCACAUCUGCAGCCAUAAUGUAUGCUGCUGGUGUAGCAGGGCAACCUCAUUCACUUUCACCAACUUCAGCAAGCCCAGAAGGACAGGUCAUUGAAAGACUUCCAAAUCCCUUGCGAUCUCAGGUUGAGGCUGUAAGACAAUCCUCCUCUCCAAUGGGGAUUCGCAUGCAUCCAGAUGCUAGGUUCAUGAAAGAAGAACUUGAGAGUGCAAUAGCUUCCUCUGUUGGUGACAGAGCACCUUCAAGAGAAAUGAUGUUUAGGUUUCAGCAACAAAUUUUGAUGGCUCAAGAAGCUGCUCGAAAUGCUACUGAAAACAGAAAUGCUGGUCAAGAUCCAAGUAGGAGUGUAGAGGCAAGGAAUUUAGCCCUAAGAACUGCACAUGAGCAAUCUCGUAAUACUCCUGUUGGUCAUGAUGGAGGCAGGAAAGUCACUAUACCAUCAUCCCAACCAGGCAGUCAUAAUCAGCCACUCAAUCUAGCUGAUUCUGAUACACGCAGUGGAGAUUCUUCUAGGGUGACACCAAAGUCAACACCACCAGCUCCUCAAAGUCCUUUCCCCAUGUCAUACUUGGAGCCUGGACGUAUUCCACCAGGAGUUGCCAGCGCUUUCAUGCAACCAAGUCCAAGUGGUCACAGAGAAGGAUUACCUGCACAUUUAUAUCCAGAUCUUCCACUUGGAAUGGCUUCACAUCCUCAGUUUGGAAUGGGUGUAAGGCUGUCUAUUGACCCUAGAGGUGUUUAUGCACCAGGCCACCAACCACCAUCACAUCUCAUCAGAGAAGGUGUCAUUGGUCACUUUUCUGGAGCUUUUGCACCCAGCCCACGUUUCCCUGUUAUGGAAGCCUAUCCAGAGAACAAGGAGUCAGGACAUCCUGAACAGGUGACAAAUAGAGGCAUGUUGCGCUCACCCUCACCAAGCCCCAUUCUGAACAGACAAGCUGAGCUACUAAUGAAACAGCAGCUCACUCGCAUGCCCUGUGACCUACCUACUAAUAGCCCAGUUGGAAUAUUACAGCAUUAUCCUGUUAUGUGGCAAGGUGCUCUGGCCUUGAAAAAUGACAAUAGCUAUGUACAGAUGCAUUUUGUGGCUGGCAACAGGCGCUUACCCAACCUAGCCCUUCCACAACCAAUGCAGAAUGGAGCCUUGCCUCCACUUCGUAUUUCUCAAAGGAUGAGACUAGAGCAAGCCCAGUUGGAAGGAGUGGCCAAACGAAUGCAGUGUGAGGAUGAUUACUGCAUCUUGAUUGCCAUUGCUUGUGGACGAGAUCAAUCUGACAUAGACAUCCAGACUAAAGCACUUAAUGAUGGAUUUAUCAAAUAUCUUUUGCAAAAGCAGGCUGCUGGCAUUGUAAAUGUACCUCUUCCUGGAUCUGAGCAGGCUGGUUUUGUGGUCCACAUCUUCCCACCUUGUGAAUUUGUUGACUCAUCUGUGGCGCAACAAGGAAGCUUAGCCCUCAUGCAACAGUUGAGUAUAGUACCACAUGCUGUCAUCAUCAUUGCCACAACAUGAAAUGAGGCUAAGUCUGGAACUAUUUGAAACCUGCUUGACAGAAUCAAGGUGGAAGAAUCUGCACCAAUACAGUUCACUUCACCAAUUCUUUCUAGAUACCCACUGGACUACUCAAAAUCUGAACUAAAUUCAUGUUAUUUUGAGCCUAUCAAAUAACAUCAAAUAAUUUGAGAGAAAUGAGUUUGACAUAUUCCUAUAAGUGGACACUCCAUUUACACCACACUAAUGGAGUAAAAAAAGAGAUGAGAAUUUAAACCCUGAACAUACAAGUUGUUUUGAACAAGUUAUAGACAAUUUUUAGACAGAUGUGUAUACAUUUUCAUUGGAAACUGUCAUCAAUACGAAUUAUUUUCCUGGAGCAUUACAAUCUAUUUGGAUAAAGUAGUUUAAAAAGAAUAAAACCUGGUUUUACAGAAAAAACAUUUAAAGUUACAUUAAUCUUAAUAUCUAAUUAAGAAAGGUUAAAAAAUGUACACAAUUGUCAGAUUGGACAGAAAAAUAAAAGAAAUGCUACUUCCCUGGAGUUGGCAUUUUGACCUCUAAUGAGGUUCCUGGCUUAGACAGAACAUGUUGGUCAAAACCCCUUUCUAAUUUAUCUGUUACCUAUUUGUUUAUCCCAACUGAAUUUUUGGCAGGAAUUAUGUUGUGGGUUCUCAAACAAAGGUACAGAACUGAUCAUUCAUCUUCAUUGCUAUCUUAUCACCUCAUUUUUAAUUAUUGUGAUCAUUUAUCCUUUUCUGUCAAUUCUUGUGUUUCCAUAUCAUUACCAAAUUGUUUUACAUGUGUAAUUAUGUAUGUUAAUAUUAUUGAAACAUGCAUAGAACUGCUUCUUAAUUUGUUGAAGAACUAUCAGUGCUAAUAGGGUGGACAAUUUAAAAGAGAAUGUUGAUGUUAAAUUAAAAAACUCUUGAUUCUUCUCUAAUUGAAAUGAGCAGGUUAAACCUCAGGAAUAUAGUGUUUCUACAAGAGUGAAUUGAACAGUAGAUUGUAAUGUAAACAUUCUAACAUAAGACACAUCUAUUUUAACCAUUUUUGACUGUUUUAUGAUGCUUGAAUUAACAGUGCUGUAAAUAAAAAAAAAUGUAGUUGUAAAUUGUAUAUGGACUUAAAAAUGGCCAACACUUUUAGUUCUCUAAGUUGGUCUUUGAAGUUUUCAUUGUAAGAUUUAUAAAAAGAAAUAUAUUUGUUUUUUUGCUUUAUAUGUAAAUAUUUGCUAGAAUAUAUUGUACAGAUAUAAAGCCCUUUUCCCUAACCCAGCUUUUUCAUUGCUGUAGCAUACAUGUACAUACAAGAUUGAUAUACAAAUCUUCAUACAUCUAAGUUGUUUAUUUUAUAUAUAUAUAUUAUAUAUAUGUUAAUUUUCAUCCCAGAUUGCGGGAGCAGGCUCUCUUUCAUUUAGAGAGCUCCAUUUUUAAUUCUGCUGAUGUUCAUAACAUUUUUUUUUUGGUCUAAUUCUUCAUCUUAUAAAAUAGUCAUCGUUACUACUAUCAGGUCUUCUUCACUGUUGUCUUUCUGGUCGUCGUCAAUGUGGUUCUGAGUAUUGUGGUUGUCACUCAUUCAUCUGUAUCACUGGUCUCAUGCUUGUGUUAUUCAUCCUAUUGUCAUACCUCCACUAUUUAUUUCUUUAGAAUCUUAAAUGUCUUGGUCUAGCCAUUGAGAUUCUAGGAAGGAAAAAAUACAUCCUCCAAACUCUUGUUUUCUUCCUGGAAAGAUAGAGAUUUAUUUUUUAUGUUGCUGAUAUACAAUCUGUGACUGAUCAUUAGUUGUCAUUGAUUGUUAUUGUAGAUCAUUCAUGACUGUUGUUUGUUUAUAAGUCAAUCUUGAGAAAAAUAAAAUUUAAAGAAUAUUACCAAAUAAUGUGAACUUAUUGAUUUUUGUGGUUACUCUGUAUUACACCAGUAUUUACAUCCCUAGUUAAUUGCUGCAGUAGGUAUAAGAAAAUCUAAAAGAAUUGACAGGAGAGAACAAACAUAUACUUGUUAUAAAAAAAUGAGAAUAUUUUUUGAGAAGCUGAGACAAAAAAUUCAGUAAAAGGAUGUAUUAUAAACUUGCAGUCAUGAGAUAUGCAACACAUGGUUUGGAAGAAUCAGUUGACCAUUUAUUUCAGAUAAUUUCAAUAGUUAUAAUUCACUUUUCCACAUGUUCAUAUUUCCUGUCUUAACUAGUUAGAUGGCUUAGUUUGAAGGAUUUUAAAAUUAUUACUAAAGGCAGCAAUUACAAUUUGUAAAAGAGUGAUUGAUUGUAGUAUGACUGAAAGGUGUGACAGUAAUUAGGUAAAUCGUAGACAUUCAAAGCUAGCAAAAUUGUGUCUUCUAGAAUUUGAAGAAUAAUUUAAAGAGCAUUGGGGAAAAAAACUACCUGCUCACAAAGUAUUUUUAGAGAGAUUUUAACUUUAAUGAGUAAAAUUGAUGUUUCUACAACAAAAAAACUAGCUUUAUCAAGAUUUCUUUCAAUGUCUUGACAAAUUACUUGACCAAAAAUUUGGCAAUUACUAGCCCUAAAGCUCACAAGUAGUGAAUAAAACUUGAAAGAUUGUUUACUGCCAGUGUUUGACUGAGUUCUUGUUGACUUGUGAUGAUCUCAAGCAUGAAUGCUUGUCAUUUAGUAAAUUUUUUUUUCUCUGGAAAUUAUUUGCAUCGUGUACGUCUGUCAUUAAAGGAUUAUCAAUCAUUUAAUUUAUUCAAACAGAAGGAAGCUCAAAAUUUUAAUUCAACACAUUUUACCGUUAAUGGUUGAGGUAAAAGGAAAUAUAAAAAUGAAGCUUGAUGUUCCUUUUCAUCCAGUAAAGUGAGCAUAAACGUCAUGUUUAUUAGACAUUGAUACCUUUUAAAGCUCUUUUGUAUAUUGCAGUAUGAAAAAUUAUACUAUCAUAAAUGAACAUGAAAUGAACACUUGUCUCUUUACAUACAAAUUAUACUUCCAUUUUGAAAAUUGAAACAUUGAGAAUAUACUUUGUAAUGAUAAAAAAAUUAAGAAAUAAUAAAUUAACGGUAAACUGACAUAUUAGUCUGUAGUGUGAGUUGAAAAAUUGAGCUUUCUUCAAAACCUGUAUUUAAAACUGUAAAUAUACGCCAUAUAAAUAAAAUAUUUGCUCAACGGGUCACACUUAAGUGUGGAAAUUUUCAUGCUUGAUAAUUUGUGUUAAAACAAAUUGUUUGUUUCAAUCUUGUUUAGAAACUAUCGUUGUGUCCGUAAAAUUAUUAUAAAUUUAUAUAUUUUGAAAAAAUAAAUGAACUGGUUACGCUAUAUGUAAUACCUCAUAACUUGUCCAAAAAUACCACUGGCUGUUACUUCAUUAAUUAAAUUAUUUCACAUUUUACAGGGUGGAUUUGUUUAAUGAAACAUUAACAAAUACCACAUGAAAUUGGUUUGAUGAUUGGUCAGCUUAUUAGGACAUCAUUAAAAUGUCUCUGUAUGUCUUGUGGUAUGUCGUAGAUCUAGUAUAUUCUCAAGACUUUUUUUUAAUUAUUUGGAAAGCAUUUUAUGUCAGUGGCUAAGUAUAGUGGGGGUUUAAUUUUUAAUUUUUA